GCUCAACAGUCUUGCUGUCUGUGUCACAUCUUGGAUCUGUGGUCCACAAUUGCCGAAGCGCGUGCGAAAUUCUUGUUCAGGAAUAGGCAGGUGCACUUUACUCAAUUUCUGUUACAGAGUAUUCAAAUCACCUUUAGUUGGAAAAAAAUGUCAUCAUCUUUUGUGUGAUGGUAAGAUGUUUCCUGUCCAGUGGUUACGAUCCCUCAGAUCAGCCCUUUCGUUUCGCCAUUUCUCUCUUUCGAAAUAUUUUAGGUUACCUCCACACAAAGACUACAUUUUUGUCCCGAAAAACAGUCCAUACAUUUAUUCUUGUUCUCUCUGUAACGUUCACGGUUAACAAAGUGCAUUCCGUCUACCAAAAUUAGUUUCCAUAACGAUCAACUAAUCAUCAACUGACAAACGAUAUCGCAAAAUACAGAGCAUAACUUGUGGAGAUGAUAGACUGGAUUUGUUUCUUUUCAGUUUGACAGAUCUUAAUUUUUCAAUUCUUUCAGGAUCCGUUUGAAGACAUUUCAGAAAGUUUUAAAGAAGAAAUGCCACGAGAUACAAUUGCAUUACUAAGUGCAGCACUGAAAAGAAUGGACGUUGACUUGUUUUUGAGAAGAGUGAUUGAAGUCAUCAGUUUGCGACUUGUUCAUGAAGAAGAAAGAAAUCGUGAAACGGGGUAAUUCCUAUAUUCUAUAGAAAUAUUUUUAACGCAACAGCUCAAUGAUAUAUCUAUGCAACACAUACAAAGUGUGCAGUACAGUACACUUUUUUUACGAUAAAUUACAGUUCAUCAGUUUCAUUACCUAAAUUUAGUAGUUUUACUUACCGUAGAACACAUACACUAUCAUUAACCAUACGCGACAAACUUUACAUUAGCAUCGAAAACAGUUCACUACCAUGCUCAUUCCACUUGUAAAUUUGUCCAAUUUACAAGGUGAUACUUGUAAAGUUAAAACAAUCCACAAAGGUUUUAAUUCUGCUCACCAAGUGCGUAGAGUUCAAAACGCUGUUUGCAGUACAACACAUCAUAUUCAGCAAACUGUAAAUAAUGCUUAAGGCACGAUAAAAUCCCUAGUAAUAGCACUUUUAAAGUAAAAACUAAAAGGAAAGCCAAGGGUGACAUCUAAUAAAAAUCUUAUCCUUCCUUAAAGAACAUAAAAACCGUUUAUGGCCACAGUUAGGGACCAAAUUAAUCGCUAAAUGAUAAAGAAGUUUAGAUAAGUAAGGCUGAAGGGGUAGCUUUAGGUCUCUUUGUCUUUUUACAUGGUUGGAAAGUCUAAAAUCUUGGUUUUCCGUGUCCUCCGAAUUAAUUACUUUUGUAACACAUCUAUGAUGCUCAUGGGUUUCAGCCACCUUGUCAGCGUUAGAGGACGGAAAUUUUGUAUUGUUCUCAAAUAUAACCUUCUUCCUCUUUAUUUCCAGACUCAGUGAGUACUUAUCGAGGGUCUUUUACGACAGCUCCGAUUUGGAUCAGACUCCUGAUCAAGUCAAAGUAAUGCACAUAAUUCACGCGUGCGAGCUUGCGCUAGAUGUGCGUGAAAAAGACCAAGGACGCAAGAGGUCCAUGAUGUCCUGA